UUUGUCUGAAAGUGAAAAAAAAAAUUAACAAUAAAUAAAACAAAAGUCACCGAAAUUAAACAAGAACGCAGUAACCCUUCGCCCUUUAAAAUAAUCAACUGUCAGAAAUCAACCCCCUCUCCCAAGACAUGGGAAUCAUGGACUUCCACUGGAACUACUUAACCGUGCAGGACGGAACCGAGUUAACCCCUUGGACGCAUCUCUACCGGAAGGCGAGCUACUAUUACGCCCACGAUCAGCAGUUUUGGGCCAUCGCCAAUGCACUCGUGGUGGUGGCGACCGCCGUCGGAGUGCUUCUGCUGGCGGUGCUGGUCAACUGUGCCAGGAGAAAGUUUACCGAAAUUACUACGCUGGAAUCGGAGCAGCAGCAGCAGCUGCGGCUGGCCUUGGAUGUGGUUAAAUUGUUAGAUGAAAAUCGGCAGCACUUGCAGGAGAUCAGUGUGGCGGUGAAGACACACGCUACUGGAGGUGCUGAACAGCCAGUAAUGUCCAGAGCCUCAGUCGGAUUACAGAAUCGAAAGUUAUCACAUGGUCUUGCUAUUAUGGAGCAUUCGGAAGUUACAGGAUAAAAAUCUCCAGCCAAGUCUUAU